UGCUCUUGCGUCUGUGGAGGUGGACAUAAUGGCUGACCAAGAGGGAUCGAUCGUUAUGUGAAUUCAUAGCGUUAUCUGGAAAAAUGACCGGGAAAUAGCGGCCUUAACUCUCGAAAAGUCAUAUUUGCACAUUAUUAACUCUGUAGGGAAAUAUCUAAGCAAGGCUUGGGACCAUUUUGGAGUCGUUUGGCCGUAUGGAGUGAAUUUACCGGCUAUCAUGAUGUACGCGUACAGGGAAUAUUUGCCGAUGAAUCACAUAUGAAACUUGCUCAUUCAUCGCAGAUCGCCGAGGUUUUUAGUAAGAUUUUGCUCUGACAGUCAUGAAUCCUGAUCCAAGAGAGUGUAAUAUCAAGGUUUUUUCUCGGUUUCGACCGCAAUCUGACGCAGAAGUUCGGGCGGGAGGCGAGAGUGUUGUUUCAACUCCAACUUCGGAUACUUGUGUUCAUGCGGGAAGAACAUACACCUUUGAUCGCGUUUUCAAGUCCAACACAUCACAGGAAAGAGUUUAUUUGGAAGCUGCUCAGGUCAUUGUACAAGAUGUGCUUAAUGGAUACAAUGGGACAAUAUUUGCUUACGGACAGACGUCCAGUGGGAAAACCCACACAAUGGAGGGGCACCUUGAUGAUCCAGUCAAUCAAGGAAUCAUUCCUCGCAUUGUACAAGAUAUAUUUAAUUACAUUUAUAACAUGGAUGAAAAUCUGGAGUUCCACAUCAAGGUUUCAUAUUUUGAGAUUUACCUGGACAAGAUCAGAGAUCUGUUGGAUGUAACCAAAACAAACCUAGCAGUGCAUGAAGACAAGAAGAGAGUUCCCUACGUAAAGGGAGCAAGCGAGAGAUUUGUGUCCAGUCCAGAGGAGGUCAUGGAAAUCAUUGAUGAAGGAAAAAAUAAUCGCCAUGUGGCAGUAACAAACAUGAAUGAACACAGCUCCAGGAGCCAUAGUAUUUUUCUUCUCCACAUUAAACAAGAAAAUGUAGAAACUAAUAAGAAGCUAAGUGGCAAGCUGUAUCUGGUGGAUUUAGCAGGGUCAGAGAAGGUCAGCAAAACUGGUGCCGAAGGUGCAGUCCUUGAUGAAGCUAAAAACAUCAACAAGUCUCUUUCUGCUUUAGGAAAUGUUAUUUCAGCCUUAGCAGAGGGAACGAAAACUCACGUUCCCUACAGGGAUAGUAAAAUGACGAGAAUAUUGCAAGAAAGUUUAGGUGGUAACGCUAGAACAACUAUUAUAAUUUGCUGUUCUCCAUCAUCUUUCAAUGAGCAAGAAACACGAUCAACGCUCAUGUUUGGUCAGAGGGCAAAAACCAUCAAGAAUGUUGUGGUAGUCAAUGAGGAACUCACGGCAGAAGAAUGGAAGAGAAGAUUUGAGAAAGAGAAGGAGAAGAAUUCCAAACUCAGAGGAGCUUUGGGCAGAUAUGAACAAGAAUUGCAAAGAUGGCGCGGAGGCGAGUCAGUUCCCACAGAUGAACAGACGACAAACGCAAAAGAUAAUCGCAAUUCUCAAGUGUUUGAGAGUUUGGCACUCCUGGCUCCAUCACAGCCAGCUGUCAGCGACAAGGAAAGGAAAAAGUUCGAAGAUGAGAAAUCAAAGUUGUAUAUUCAGCUGGAUGAGAAGGAUGAAGAAAUUCAAAAUCAAGCACGAUUGAUUAACCAGCUGAAGGAACAAAUGGCUGAUCAAGAGGAAGCCCUUAAGACAACUCAGGUUGACAGCGAAAAGCUUCAGACGCAGAUCUCUUCCAUGCAGACCGAGAGCGAGACGUCAAAAACUGAAGUCAAAGAAGUGCUGCAAGCUCUGGAGGAGCUGGCGGUGAAUUAUGAUCAGAAGCUUCAGGAGGUGGAGACAAAAACAAAAGACAACGAGAAGCUAUCAGAAGAAGUAUCCCAGAAACAGAUGCAACUCAACAGUAUCUCCAAGGAACUGCUAGAAAUUAAAGAUAGCACGUCUGUGUUGAGGAAGAGACUGGCAGAGAUGAUGAACAGCCUGUUGUCAGAUCUGGGCGAAAUUGGUAACGUUAUCGGAGGAAAUGCUGCUGAAAUGAAGAAACCGAACAUUGAUUGUAGUGGCAAUUUGGACGAAGAUUUUACCGUCGCCCGACUAUAUGUGAAUAAGAUAAAGUCGGAGGUUAAAACUCUUUCAGUGCGUUCGAGUAACCUUGAGAUAACCGAAAGUGAUUUAAAGUCGUCACUCGAUGGGAAGAACAAGGAACUUAAUCAAUCACUGCUUCUUAUAUCACAGUAUGAAGCUAAGAUGAAAACACUCGAAGCAGACAUGAAGGAAAUGGAAUCGAAGAAGAGGAUCCUGGAAGAAGCCGUUGACUCUCUGAACGAAGAAAUAGCCAAACUAAAGGCAAAAGCUCAGAUGCACGCUCUGGCUUUGAAAGACAAGGAAGAGGAACACGCGGGUUUGCUUCACACAGCGGGUGAAAUUCAGUCUGCGUUGGAGAAGCAAAUGAUCAGCCAUAGAGAGGCACACCAGAAACAACUGUCAACUCUCAGGGACGAGAUAGAAUCACAGCAGGCUACCAUUGCUUCAGUCAAGGAGACCAACCAGAAGCAAGGGUUGGAGAGAGAUCACCUCAUGUUUGAAAAUGAAGCUCUUAAACGAGAACUUGAAGAGAAAUCAAGUCGGUUAGCCGAAAUGAGCGUCCAAGCAGAGAAAAGAGAACAGGCUAAGAAAGAUCUCAAAGGACUUGAGGAGACUGUGCAUAAAGAGUUGGCGACACUGUACCGACUGCGGCAGCUGUUCGUUAAAGACUUGCAGGCCCGAUUAAAAGUGACCAACUCGGAUACUGACUCGGAGGAAGAAGGAGGAAGCCAAGCACAAAAACAGAAGAUUGCUUUUUUAGAGAAUAAUUUGGACCAGCUAACGAAGGUCCAUAAACAACUCGUUAGAGAUAAUGCUGACUUGAGGUGUGAAUUGCCCAAACUGGAGAAGCGCCUGCGAGCAACACAAGAGCGAGUGAAGUCCUUAGAGCAGGCUCUGAAAGAGGCCAAGGAAGGUGCGCAGAGGGACCGGGCACGAUAUCAGAAGGAGGUGGAGAGAAUCCGGGAAUCUAUGAGACAGAAGCAGGCCGCUGUACGUAAAGGCGCCCAGGGACAUAUUGCAAAACCAAUCCGUCCUGGUCAGCAGCCAACCGCACCCAGCAUUCGUCCCGGCAGCACCUCGGGCAUUGGAAGUGCUCUACUAGGAAUGACUCGUUUGGCUGGCGGAGCAGUCAUGGGUUCUAACGUUCCCAAUAGCCCCAGCACACCGAGUUUACCUAGCUCACCCAACGGUGCUACCAUAGUGACGCCUGUAAUUCGUGGCGGGAAAGGCUCGGAGCCGGUCGUGGCGUACAGCAAGAGGAUACGAAAUGCAGUGAGCACGGAAUCGCUCAAUCGGCCUCUGCCCCAGGGAAGCCCGAAUUUAAAUGGCGCCCAUUCCUCGCCAGAUUACGAAAGAAGGCGCGGCUCAUCAACUUCAACUGGUGCGGCCACUCAUUCUUCUAGUGCGCACAUGCGCGCUGCAGCUAGCGUGGAUCGGCUCAACAUGAUGGGGGAAGGAAAUUCAGGAAGAAAACUGCCCUCCAUGCCAGACUCUCCACAACGGUCACCGUUGAAGAUUUCAGGCAGGGAAGGAGAAAUAGCAGCUAUUAAAAGAAGCAACCGACGCUCUGCCUCUUCUCAGAACUUAGUUCACAGUGCAGAUGGUGGUCCUUGGGAGAUGAGGAAACAGUCGGCUUCCUAAGUUCAAUCAACUUGCCCCAAGAGAGGGCAAGUAGCGUCACGACUGUAAAUCAUUUUUCGUCUAUUGCGUUACGCGUGACUCGUGGCCCACGAAUGGUGCCGAAUAAAAGUGUCACUUAGGUUCAAGUGCAGCAGCAGUGAUACAGUUAAAUAUCGACAUUGUUAAUUUCUUGACACACACUACGGAGAGUGGCGAUAAGGACAAACUUUACGGAAAAGAAGAAUAUAACUGUAGGGUGACAGAAUUGUGGAAAAUCUUAUGUUUCCAUAGGGAUUCCCUCACGCGGAAAGACUCCUCGUAAUUUCCCCCUGGAAAAUCCGGCUCUCCUAUUCAAGAAUAAUCGAUAAAUGUCCUUCGUCUGUUUGAUAUACAGACGGGUAGAGGGCACUCUGUGAGCCACGCCCUAAAAAUGAAAAUAGCUCUUUUGUUUGUAGGUAAGGGAUAGAAGAGUGUAUACCCCCGGGAUAACAUUGUACCACUGGGAUUACAAAUGUAGUUGAGUUCUCUACAACCCUUGGGUUCACGGUUAGUUUAAUUUAGGAGUCAUCGGUACAGGUGAAGGAAAUCUGGUUUGGAAAUUUUGAAGCAUGCAAAUAGUGUCAAACAAAAAAGUCUUAUUUUGUGUACGUUUAAGUCAUAUUUAAACAUAUAUUGGUUUUAAUGGAGAGAAAUUCAUAGUGGCAAACUGGUGAAGUUUCGAACACUUCAAAUUCACACAUAAUUUCAUCAAUAUGUAUAUAAUUUUAUUCGAGCUUAUUUUAUUUGUGUUAGGAUUGAGCAACCCAUUUUGACUCUCGCAGCGAAUUGAAGCGAUUGUGCUCAAUUUUUUUUUUUUUUUUUUUCAACCGGGUUGCUUAUAAUGUACCAUUAAAAGGGAACUAAUGCGCUGUUCUCCUUAAGAAGAAAAGUCGACUAAACGAAAUUGUUCAAGGCAACAUUUCUUACCUUAAAACCAACUUUGGUGACCAGGUACGAGGUUUCACCUUCACAUCUUCAAUUCUUUUUUCGAAGCAUUGAAAUAUGGCGUUGCCUCGUGAUAUAACUUCGGGCAAAAAACUGAAAAGAAGUACAUGCCAAGUAACUUGUACGCUUUCUUACUUCACAGGUUUAGCUUCUUUAUUUGAACUACACUGUUUUGCCCACCAAUGUUUAAAUUGGAAAAAGGGCUAAUUUUGAAUUUGAAGAGAUGGUAAUCUGUUUUUACUAAUUUUUGUCUUUUUGUAACCAGCAAAAACCGGAGAACUCCAAUCUGGUUUCAACAGGGGGGGCAAACUUUAUUUAUUACCUAGUUCUUGAAAAGUUAUCUCUUUUCAAUCGCUCGUGCUAAGAAUUAGAACAUUUCUAACCUACGAAGGUUCUCCGAGAAUUUGCCUUAGACGUCCGAAGCCUCAAACGGCACUUUCAGAGCUUUAGUUUUAGGUAUGAAUAAAUGGCUGAUGUUUUUAUUUCGGGGAAUAUGUUACUGGGCUUUAGGGAGACUCAAACGGAAACAAGUCGAUGAAUGUAAUGGUUUUAAAAAGUCUAUUUUUAAAUUUUAGGUGUCCGGAAAAGUGACCAUCCGGUUGGACGCGAGGAGGGGAAUUUGCAUGUAAAAUGAGCUUUCCAUUGAAGCUUUUCUUCUCGAGUUAUCUAUUUUGUUUAGGACAAUUGUCGCCUUAGAAUUAAUAGUUAUGGAAGAUAAAUAAAAACCGACUCAGAGUA